AUGUCUAUUCAUUUGUUAAACAAAAAAGCUGAUAGUUUGCGAUCAACAAAUGUAUUGCUUACAAAUAUGAAUGCAAGUAAAGGAAUGUAUGAAAUAAUAAAAAGCAAUUUGGGUCCUAAAGGAAGUUAUAAAAUGUUAGUUAGUAGUUCUGGUAGCAUUAAAAUAACAAAAGAUGGAAAUGUUUUAUUAAAUGAAAUGAUGAUACAACAUCCUACUGCCAGUAUGCUUAGUAGAAUAUGUUCAAGUAUAGAUGAAAAUUUAGGAGAUGGGUCUAGUAGUAAUUUAAUUGUUGCUACUUCUUUAAUAUAUUUAUCAGAAAAAUAUAUAUUAUAUGAAAGUGUCCAUCCUCGUAUUAUUACACAAGGAUUUGAUACAGUUAAAACUAUUUUAUUAGAUUUAUUAGAAACUAUGAAGAUUCCAAUAAAUAUAGAAGAAAAAUUUGAUAAAGAGUUAUUAUAUAAUGUAGCUAAAACUUGUUUAAGAACAAAAUUACCUAUUACUUUAUCAGAUAAAUUGGCUGAUGAUUUAGUAGAAAGUAUUAAAAUAAUUUACAAUCCCGAAAAACAAAUUGAUUUACAUAUGAUUGAAAUAAUGGAUGUAAAAAGAAAUAUGAGCAUAAAUACGAAAUUAAUUAGAGGUAUGGUUUUAGAUCAUGGUUGUAGACAUCCAAAUAUGCCAAAUAGAUUAACGAAAUGUUUUAUUUUAGUUUUAAAUGUUAGCUUAGAAUAUGAAAAAAGUGAAGUUUUUUCAUCCUUUGUGUAUUCAACUGCAGAAGAUAGAGAUAAAUUAGUAGAAUCAGAAAGAAAAUUUACAGAUGAUAAAGUAAAAAAAAUUAUUGAAUUAAAAAGAACAUUAAUAGAAAAGAAAUUUAAAGAGACUAAUGAAAUGUAUAAUUUUGCUGUUUUUAAUCAAAAAGGUAUUGAUCCGAUUAGUUUAGAUUUAUUAGCCAAAGAAAAUAUUAUGGCUUUAAGAAGAAUUAAAAGAAGAAAUUUAGAAAGAAUUAUUUUAUGUUGUGGUGGAAAUGCAUGUAAUAAUGUUUAUGAUUUAACAGAAGAAGAUGUUGGAUAUGCUGGAUUAGUUUAUGAGAUUUGUAUAAAUGAUGAAAAAUAUACAUUUAUAGAAGAAGUAACAAAUCCUAAAAGUUGUUCAAUUUUUAUUCAAGCUCCAAACGAUUAUACUAUUAAACAAAUAAAAGAUGCUAUUAGAGAUGGAUUAAGAAGUAUAAAAAAUGCUAUUGAAGAUAAAUGUGUUCUAUCAGGAGCAGGAUCUUUUGAAAUCAUGGCUUAUUGUAAAUUAAAAGAAGAAGAAAAAAAAAUUAAAGGAAAACAGAAAUUUGCAUUUGAUAUUUAUGCAAAUAGCUUAUUAAACAUACCCAAAAUUCUAUUAGAAAAUAGUGGAUUAGAUAUUCAUCAAACAUUAUUCAAUGUAAUAGAUAAAUAUAAUCAAAAUAAUACAGAACCAUUAGGAGUAGAUUUAGAUACUGGAGAACCAAUAAUAGCACACUUAAAAGGAAUAUACGAUAAUUAUUGUGUAAAGAAACAGAUUUUAUCAAUAGCAACGGCAAUAUCUCAACAAAUUCUUUUAGUAGAUGAAAUUAUAAGAGCAGGAAAAUCAAUGGGAGAAGAAAAAUAA